CUUUUCUAUUCUUUUUCGUUUCAGCAGUGUUUACGAAAAGCAGUAAUCCUCAUGAAAAUCUUUGCUUUAUCCACUCUCGCCGUCGCGCUCUAUGCAGCUGUCUCGGAUGCUGCGCUUAUGAGAGUACCUAUCAAAAAGACCAACGAAUCGCCCGCCGAAAAGCUUCAGCGUUAUGCGCACACCGGUGAAUACUUGACCCAAAAGUAUUUUGGUGCCCAACGCACCCAGUCGAGCUCGGUCAUGCCUUUCCAAGUGGGCGCCGACGGCAGCGUCGAACAUGGUGUGCCCAUUUCCAACUACAUGAAUGCGCAAUAUUAUGGUGAAAUUGAACUUGGUACCCCUCCUCAGACUUUUACUGUCGUCUUUGAUACCGGUUCCUCCAACUUAUGGGUGCCUUCAACUCACUGUUCUUCUAUUGCAUGCUUCAUGCACCGUCGCUACGAUAGUGGUCAGUCCCAGACUUUCAAAGAAAAUGGUACCGAAUUUGCUAUUCAGUACGGUACUGGUGCUUUGGAAGGCUUUAUCAGCGAGGAUACCUUGCGUGUCGGUGGUGUGAAAAUCGACGGUCAAGGUUUUGCCGAAUCCGUGAAGGAGCCCGGCUUCACUUUUGCUUUGGCUCGUUUCGACGGUAUCAUGGGUCUUGGUUACGACACUAUCUCUGUGAAGCAAGUGGUUCCUCCCUUCUACCACAUGGUGAAUCGCGAUUUGGUUGAUGAGCCCUUGUUCUCUUUCUGGUUAAACGAUGUGGCCAAGGGUGGUGAAGAGAACGGUGGCGAGCUCGUGUUCGGUGGUAUUGACGAUUCGCAUUACGAGGGUGAAAUUACUUGGUCUCCUAUCAAGCGUAAGGGUUACUGGGAAAUUCAGCUUGAGGACAUCAAGUUUGGUGGUGACUACAUCGAUCUCGAUCCUGUUGGCGCGGCAAUCGACACUGGAUCUUCCCUUCUGGUCGCUCCUACCACUGUGGCCGAUUUGAUCAACAAAGAAUUGGGCGCUGAAAAGAACUGGGCUGGUCAAUACGUGCUUGAUUGUGACAAGGUGCCCAACCUCCCCGAAUUCUGUUUUGUCUUUAACGGCAAAGAUUUCUGCUUGGAAGGCAAAGACUAUGUUCUCGAAGUCCAGAAACAAUGUAUUUCUGGUUUCAUGGGUAUGGAUAUCCCUGAACCUGCUGGACCUCUUUGGAUUGUUGGCGAUGUAUUCCUUCGCAAGUUCUACAGCGUCUACGAUCUUGGUAAUAACAGAGUCGGUCUUGCCAAGGCCAAGUAAAAAAAUGGCUAUAACAACGUCUCGGCCUAUGGUUCUUUGGGCUGUGUUAUGAUUAUCUUCACAUCUACUUGCUCCGUCUUUUUUAGUAUAUUUCGAUUAUGUACCUUUUUUCCUCUGAAAAUACUAAAUCUCAUAUUUUGUCGAACUAUCAAAAAAAAAAAAAAAAAAAA